CCCGGCGUCCGUGCCGCCGGCCUUCCAGCGUCGUGCCAGAAGCCGUCGCCCGUGAGCCUUCGACAUGGCACCACCAACCACUGCAGCCUCCAGCCUUCCAGCAGCCCGUACCGCCCGCACCGCUUCUGCACACACGCCCCCCCCCUCCUCCAAUCCCUUAUGCCGUAGCCGACUAAACUAGAGUCCUCAAGUCCUCAUCGGCUUCCCAUCCUUCUCUCAAAAUGCCCCCUCAGUUCGUCGAUGACAAGACCCCCAUCUGCAUCCCCUUCAUCCUCGCCCAGCUCAAGGCCCAUCGCGCAGAGUCCCCCGACCGCCCCUUCGUCAUUGGCCUCAAUGGCGUCCAGGGCGCCGGCAAGACCACCCUCGUCCGCGCCCUGAGCCUCGCCCUCGAGGAGCAGGCCGUCCCGACCUUGGUCUGCAGCAUCGACGAGUUCUACCUGACCCGCCGUGAUCAGGUCGCCUUGGCCGAGGCCCACCCCGAUAACGCUCUUGUCCAGCAUCGCGGGGAACCUGGAACCCAUGACUUGCCCCUUGCAAACGCCUUCUUCAAUGCCCUGCUAAAAGGCGACCCCGCCAAGCUCCCCAAGUACGACAAGGCCAUAUGUGCUGGCAAUGGUGAACGCUCUCCGGAAUCCCAGUGGCUGCCCGUCAACCAGCCCGGCCAACCCAAGAUCCAAGCCAUCAUCCUCGAGGGCUGGUGCGUUGGCUUCCGCCCAUUAACCCCCGAGGCCGUCGAAGCCAGGCUGGCCAAGCCCAACCACACCCUCCAGAAGCACAAGCUUGAGCACCUCCUCUUCGUCAAUGAGAAACUCGCCGAGUACGACACCCUCACCGACCUCUUCGAUGCCUUCAUCCAGGUCGACGCCGAGGACCUUGGCUACGUCUACGGCUGGCGCCUCGAGCAGGAAGACCACCUCCGGGAGGAACGCGGUGACCCAGACGCCGGCAUGACCUCGCAGCAGGUCGUCAAGUUUGUCGACGGCUACUAUCCCGCAUAUGAGCUCUACACCGAAGGUCUGAGGAAAGGAGUCCUCCCCAACCGACCAGGUCAUCAGUUGAGAAUGGUCGUGGGCCGUGACAGGAAAGUGAAACGUGUUCUACGCAUCUGAGCUUUACGAAUCUAACGCACACACCUUGGGAUACCACUAAUUAAGAUACCAUGCCGAGCAGAAG